AUGUCCUGGUGGUUAUUUGCAGGUAAAAGUUAUAUGUAUUUUAACUUUUUUUUCCUAUUUUAUAUCAAGGUGGCAGUCGUGUAAAAGGAAAAAGCAUCACUCUAACGCUUGAAAUAGCUUUAUUUUUAAUGUUAGGGUCUUCCUUUAAUAACCUAAAUAAUUUUCUUUAUCAAUUAAUUAAGCAGUGGACAAUUUUGUCUAAUUAUCAGUGUAUGUGAGUGUUCAGUUUAGUAUUUCCAUCACUCGGUUGCUGAUUUCAAGUGUUGUUACAACCAGACUAGUUGGAAUCAGGUCUACAUUAAAUCUAAAUUGGAGGCUAUAUCUCAAAAUCCAGAAAUUGAUAGAACUUGAAAACAAAGUCCAGUUUUGUAGUUUGAAUGUCCCCGAGAGGUUUGCGAACUACAUGAUGCUCAGUGAGUGUUUUAGGACCUUUCUGUUCCAUUAUGUGAUAACAGCAUAGACCAGUGCUGUAAAAGCAAAGAAUGACCCCUGUUAACGCGGUGCGUCGUGGUCCACCAAGGUAGCAGACCCUAUUGGCCAGCCAUCAAGCUCUAGAAUCCUGAUCUCAUAAUUCAGUGGCAUAUUUUGCUUUCCCUAGACAGUCCCUUAAAUGCACCCCUGGGAGCCACAAGAAAGCCAAGACAAACUAACAUCAAUGUGAACUGGGCAUUUAAUACAUUUUUUUUACUUCUUAAAUGAAACAGCUCUUGGUCCCUGUCCCUAAAGCCCUGGCACCAGCUAAUUAUCAGUCUCCCUCAACAAACUUUGUGUGCACAUAAUAAGACUACAACUCCCAUGAUGCUUUGCCACAUUAGUCUUCCAAAGCAUUAUAAAGCUGUCUACCACAGCUGGAUAUAUACAUUAUGACCAUCCCUGUCCUAUAGAUUCUGCAAUAUCUGUUCAUUUAUACUAGCCAUGCCUCUGGCUGUAAAGAGAGGGCACUUUAUGGUCAAACCAUACCAACUUUCCUAUCUUAGUAUGGUCCAUUUCCAGGUGCCACCCUGCCCCAGCAUAUCACUGUCCUCCUGUGUCACACAGCAUGUCACUGUCCCCCUGUGUCACUGUCUCCCUGCAUUAAACUGCUACUCCCAACACUGUAAGCAUGUCUCACCUACACAGCUGGGGUGUGGCCACUUAGUUCUGCAUGCCCUAAACUCCUCCAAGCUCCUGGGCUGAAGGGGUUAAAUUCCUUGGGAGCAAGCAUCCCUUUUUUUGCCUUAAGGCUGUGCAGAAAUUCAGGCUUCUGAGAAAAUGAAGGCUGACCUCAUCCCACAGCUAAAGGGGGGGCGGGGUUCCCAACAAAACUACAGGCUGCCAUAAACUCCCCCCUCUUCUUAACUUUGCUAUUUUACCAAUUAAGGCUUUCUCAAUCUCAGAGAGAGAGAGUAAAGAUCAAGGGGGUGUCAUUCCAUUGACAGGGCAAUUGGGAGGCAUUCCCCCCUGUACAGAGCUGAGCAGAGCAGCACACACAGCACACAGCACUGUCUGCCUGGCUUUACAAGGAACUUGCUGAAGGAAAGGUAAGUCUUAGAUCAUCUUGUCAUGCCUGCAUGUUCUCCCACAGCCCAGGCUCUAGCAGGGACUUGCUGUAAAUCCCAGCAGGCUGUGCUGGAUACAGUAUCUCUUUACUCUGUGUUCUGGAGAGCAUAUAGAACUUGGGUGAUCAUCAUUCUUCUACAACUGUAAGAGGGAUAUACAAUGUAUCCUGUACUGUAUCAUGUACUCUCUGUGAGCCAAUGCAAUGAGAUGAUCAUUAUAUAGAAACAGCUGUCACUCUGAUCACUGUGUAGAACAUAGAGCUACUGUUAGAUUAUUCUUAAUCUUAAAGGUAUUAAUAAUCAGAUCUCUUUGUGUUCUCAGUCACUGUACUAGGAGUAUAUCACUGCCCCCUGUGUAUUCAGUGCUGUGCUGAGUGGACAGUAUACUCAGUGUGUUUGAUUUGUUUCCAUUGUCAAAGUUUUGCAGAGGAAGAAUUAAGUAUUGAAGAGAGAGCACGGCGAUGUGAUUCAGUUACCCCAUUGCUAAAUGCCAUACAGCAGACACACCCAUCUGUAAUUGUAUGGUUAGGAUAUUGUGAUGAAGUCGGGUGACCCGCAGAGCUGUGUGACAAUGGUGACAGUGGCCCUGCAGGGCUGUGUGACAGAGACAGGGAUGGACGUGUCAUUGUCAGCUCCUUAAUGCUGGACAGUUACCUGGAUCAGGGUAGAGUACGUUCUGUGUGUGUAGUGUGUGUGUGUGUGUGUGUUAUUGGAUGUGUAUAAUGUGAAUGUGUGGUUACAAUAUGUGUGCAGUGAGUGUAUGUAAUUAUUGGGUGUGUGUAGUGGGUGUGUGAAGUUAUUGUAUGUGUGUGUGUAGAGUGUGUAGUUAUUUUGUGUGUGUGUAGUGUAGUGUAAGUGUAGUUAUUGGGCGUCUGUAGUAUGAGUGUGUGUAGUUAUUGGGCGUGUAUAAUGUGAGUGUGUGGUUACAGUAUGUGUGCAGUGAGUGUGUGUGUUUAUUGGGCGUGUAGUGUGUGGUUACACUAUGUGAGUAGAGUGUGUGUGCGGUGAGUGUGGUUUCAGUGUGGGUAGUGACUUCGUGUGGUUACAGUGUAUGUAAUGUAUGUACAAUAUAUGUAAUGUAUGUACAAUGUAUGUACAAUGUAACACAAUGUAUGUAAUGUAACACAAUGUAUGUAAUGUAACACAAUGUAUGUGCAAUGUUAAACAAUGUAUGUAAUGUAUGUACAAUGUGUGUAAUGUAUGUACAAUUUAACAUAUGUCCUUUGUACAAUGUUGCAAUCAUUGUGUUACCAUGUAUGUAAUGUAAGUGAUGAAUGUGUGUUGUAUAGAGUGUGCAGUCACGGUGUGUGUGGUUUUAGUGUGCACAGAGUGUGUGUGUAUAUAAAGCUGUUAAUUUGCUAUUUAGCGCUUCUGGCGCAAUCUGAUUCACUAUCUGCAGCGCUGCUGUAAUCUGCUAUCAGAGACUGCUAUCACCUCAUAGAAAUCAGUUAGAAAUUAAAUACCUUGUGGAAUUAUGUUACAUCAUGUUACAGUGAAGCUGAUCUCUGCAGAUUGCCAUUUAAAGCAGCACAGAACAACCAGUUCUCACAUUGUUUAUAUAAUGCAUCAUAGAUAGGAAUCAGCCACAGCCUAGAAUGUCCCUUUAAUCCCUGUCACCUGGCAUUCUGUACUGUAAAAAGGGAUUUUUAACAAGCUAAACUUUAACUUUCUGCCUGUAAUGCUAAGCUGAUUAAAAAUUAUGAUCAACUAACCAAGACAAUGCAGGUGAGAUUAAAAUAUAAAUCCCAGUAUGUUCAGCUGUCUCUCUGGCUGAGCAUGAUGGGAUAUGUAGUUCCCAUAUACCUGCAGUGCCAAUAAUAUCCAUCCCAGAGCUUGUUCCAUUCCCCAUCCUCUCCAUCACCUGGUAGAUGGCAGUGUAUGGUUGUCAAACUUUGGAGCCCUAGGCAGACUUAGCAUUCAGCUGUCUGUUGGCUGCACUGGAUUCUAACACUGACACUUGCUUAUUAAGGACAGGAAAACAUGACUGUAUUUAUCAAAGUGAAAUAGCUGUAUUGUGUGGGUGUGUUCAGCCUGUCCCCCAAGCCAGUGACAUUUCCUUUUAUAAACAAAAUCUACAAAUAAAAUGUCUGCUGAUUGAAUAUAUAAACAGUGUAUACAUCACAAGCCUUUAAGUGACUUCUACAAAACUACUAAAGACAAACAGAAAGAUUGUACAUUUAUAAAAAAAUAAAAAAAAAUAGAAUGGAAGAACUUUUUUUUAAAAGUUCUGAUUUUUCUUUUUUUUGUAAAAAAUAUAAAAUAAAAAAAUCAGUAAUUUUUUAUGGCUUUCUCAUGCAUUUUUUAAAUCUCACUAGCUCAAUGAUGGCCACAAUUGGCAGACACCCCAGAUAUCUGUGAUUCAUAUUCCCCAAUUCCCAUGAAUACCAGGCAGCCUGAACACUAAGCAUCAUGGAAAAUGUGUUUAACAAUUGCUAUUAAUGUCAGUGAACCUUCUUCUGGCCAUGAGAGGGUAAUGGGAAAUUGAAUGGUAUGCAGUUUAACCUCUUCACUAUCAGCUUUGGACUUGCAAACAGUUCCACUAAAAGCAUGCAUUACACUUCCCUCUGGCGUUGAAGGGAAUUACAGAAUUGUGUUGUUUUGGGAAGAACUCUAUGAGGCAUAUGGCCUUAUCACACAGGAAACAUAACUCUGAGAACUAAUGGGGGCUCCAUUAGACGUGAGUGUAAAUAAAUGCAAUCCAUGAUUCACCAUAGCCUCUAUGUGGCUAUGCCUUGAGGACAAGUUGUGUCAUUUGUGUGUUCAUUUUGUGGCCAGGAGCCAGUAUUUUCACAUACAAUGCCUCAUUCAACUCUAUCACAUUUGGGUUCUUUGCAAAUCUUACUCAUUGGCUCUGUAUCACAUAUUUAAGUCAUGAUCCUUGUUCACACUAAGGAUUAUGGGGAAUGUAGUUUACAAAACAUGAGCCAUUAAUUGAGCCACCAGAUCUGUGAAUGUUUACUGGAAAAAUAUCAAUUCAAUAUGUUAUAGAAAGUACAAGAAAUGUUGUGCUGCAGUUUGGAGAAUUUAUAUUCUGCAGGAAAUGUAUCAACUAAUCAAUAAGGGAAUCCCAUUAGAGAUAAUUAUUGAUUGAUUGAUUUCCUUCUCUACAUACUACAGAAUGUUAGUUUUUGAUUUCUUUUUUAUUAAACAAUGCUUUAUUACAAACUUAACAAUAUUGUACCCUGGCACUCAGAUGCAGCAAUUCUGUACUGACAGCACACUGAAGUAAUGUGUUCAGGAAUACAGAAUGGAUUUAGUAAUUCUUGUUGUUCCACAGCUGCCUCCCUAUAUAGGGGAUCUGUCCUUCUUUGUAACUUACAUUACUGAAUAUAACGUUAUAAUUCUACGAACCUAGAACUCGUGUUAACCUUUUUUUCCCAUGAGAUACUCCGUUUUCUUCUAAAUGUAUUUCAGAUAUGUAGCAAGUGAUAUCACAAUCCAGUUCAGUCAAGGCACAGCCAAGGCAUACAAACCAAAUGAGCAGGAGGAAUAGAAACAUUGUUUCAUUUCACCUCUUCUCUGUGCUCUCUCUGUGCUGACUGCUAGGUGCAAAGGGCAGAGCUUGUAAACAUGACUGGCAGGGAGCUAAGAUGGAGGCGCCCAAUUGCAGAAUACGGAUGUGUAGAUUUCUACAUUUAAUUCUAUUUUCCACACUCAAUAAGUACAUAUUUAAAUACAGAGGUUAAAAAAACAAAACAAAUUAUUAAAAACUUGGUAAGGGGCAAACUUCCUUUAAGACGAGGAGUAUGAAUUGGCAAUGCAAUGUUAGUCUCGGAAUUAGGUGUACAAUAUUUACCUUCACUCAAAUAACCAAUUUGCAUGUUGCAAAUAGACCAAUUACUCAUGUAUAGGUGUAUUUGGUUCACAUUUGUAUACAGUUCUUUGAUGUUAGUUCUUGGUUGUAUAGAAUUGUAAUCUAAGUGAUACUAAUGAUUUCAUCCUUUAGCAAAAUGUGUUAUAAAAAAACUACAUGAAUGAUCACAGCUAGGGAGGGAACAUGGCUCACAGUACUUCAAUGUUUAUAUUUUUUGUUUAUAUAUAGCAGACAAUCCAGUUAUAUAUAUUACAUAUAAUGAUGGGCUGGGUACUUUUUUGAGGAAAUAACAAUGAAUUUUAGGAACACGCUAAGGUUAAAAAUAAAUAUAUUAUAGCUGUUAAACUCACCUGUAAUGUAGUGCAGAGACAGUCUCCGUUUGACCUCCACUCUGCCCAUGGUGAGAUCAGUUUAACAGGUGAUCUUGGUCCAAUUCAGUGCCUGGGGAACUAUGGCGCAUGCGCAGCAAUCAUCCGUCUCUGUUAUUCAGAUGGUUCUCAUAAAGAAGCAUAGAAUCCAGUGUUUGACCCUGAGAAGCAUUCACUAUGGAAUCAUCAUGCUUUGAAUCAUGAAGCUGAAUGUGAGGACCUUCAAUUUUUGAAGGUCUUCAAUGAGGGAGAGUCUCUAGUGGCAGACACGAGAGGCGUGUUUAUUGCCAAAGGUAAUCAUUGCAGUUUCCCUGAAAUGGCUCUACUUUACAUUGUCAUACUGGAAGUUUUUGGUGGUUACAGUGUUCUUUGAGAAUAGGGAGCCGUUGCUCAAUCAAAAUAAAACAUGUCUCAUAAAAGAGUUGCAGAAGUCAGAGAACAAUCCCGUCACUAUUCCUUGGAUGAGAGCAUGAGCUGACCGCACAGAACUGACAUUAGCCAACUCUUGUUCUGAGUUCGCUAACGACACCCCAGUGACUCUGCUGAAGGAGGUGGUACACCUACAGCAGAAAAAGGUUAGACUCAUACAGACUCCAAGCACCAUAACCACUUCAAAUCACUGAAGUGGCCAUGGUGCUUGGAAUAACACUUUAAUGUGUCCUGUUAUUUCCUGGUUUGGUUAACUAAGUGGAGCUAAACUCAAGAGGCAGCAAUUGCCCAGAGCACCUGCCUUGCAAAGACUUCUCAUUGAGCUACAUUGGAAGUCUGUGAUUGGACAGCCACAGAAAGUCUGGGCGGAGUUAGAAGGGGAGGGCUUGCAAAGGCAGCAGACAAGAAAACUGCAUGUUUUGCAAGCUGUUUUAGAUAUACCACUAAUGAAAAAUUGCAUAAUUAAAUACAUACACAUUUUCAUUUGGUGUAUAUAUACCAAACAGUGUAUUUUAAAAAAAAUAUAUAUUGUCAGUGGAGUGUCCCUUUAAGACAUGGCAAAAUUUGACAAAGAGCUCAAUGUCAAAACAGGUCCUAAUAGGGAGGGGGGAAAAAGGUUAUGGAAUAUCUUGUAUUGCAGUGUUACAUUAACCUGCACCGAGAUACUCGCUCCUACUGUUAAAUACUGGUUUCCAUAACAACCGGUAUAGUCUCACCUUCACUAUUUUAGUCUAAACUUUGCAAUUCGACUUUCGAUUCACUACAGUUUAAAAUGUUUAGUGAAUACAUUGCUAAAAUUCUACAACUUUGUUUAAAAAAAACAACUGCCUAGCAACCAUCGCAUGGAAGCUUUAAAUAGUUUUUUCUUCUCCUCUGGUUUCAGAGAACAGAUUUCACCAUCCUUGUUCCUCCCGCAAAUUCCAUGUUCUGGCUGCACCCUGCCCUGACCUCUUGCGCGUUCAGUCAAAGUGAUGAGGUCAGCAUUUUUUCCAGCAGGAAAUGUAGUUGGCACUCAUAUUUUUCAGCAAUUAUCUUGACGCUGAGUAUCAUACACAGUCUGCAUGCUAUUAGCUUUUAAAGAGUAUUUGUGUGGGAGGUUUUUUCUUGUCUUUUUGGAAUUUUUGGAAAAUUUAGACCGUUUUAUUGACAUGUACAAAGUGAUCUCCUCUUAAUCUGUCCGUAUUGAACAUUGGGAUCUGCUUGGCUUGAAUAUUGGACAUGAAACAAACAGACAAAAAAAAUGUGUUUUGAAAUGAUUCUAUAUAUUUUUGCUUAUUGGACACAUUUUGUUAUUUAUUCUGUGAGUCUCAGUAAAAACUUAAUUUUAAUAGACAUAACAUCUAGGCCAUGACGUCACCUAUCUAGGCCAUGACGUCACCUAAAAUCUCUCAGAAUAAUCUGCUUCUUGGUCACACCUCAAGCCUCAUUGCCUAAAAUGUAAUUGUCUAUCUUUGGCCAUUCGAAACAUUGGUAGGUGUCCCUCAAUGCUUCGGUACCCAACUUAAUCUCGCAGUAGUCUGAGUGCCAGGCCCCUUGUCUUUUUAACUCUGCAACUGAAAACACUGGCCUUCUGCAGGACAGCCGCUAGAGGCGCUUCCACAGAAAUAGCAGAGUUAAACCUGGUUGCUUCUUUCAGAUGGUCUCAUAGAGAGACCAUCUAAUUGAUGCAGUGUGGCAUUUUUUUUGUAAUAUGGGAAAACAUUGGUUUGGCCCAUCCAUCUAGUUUGGGGUCACCAAAAAAAAAAUGCCAACAUAUUUUCUCAUAUUUUUUCAUAUUUAUUCAGAAUAAGGGUGUAGACAAACACAGUGAUAUCAUGGAGGUUAGGUUAUAGCACGUCAAUCGUUCUAUAGCACGUUUACAAAACCUUUUUUUUUUUUUUUUAUCCACUAACCCUACACACUUUUAAUCAAAAGUAAUUUCUAGUCUAAAAUAUUACACGUUGUGGUAUAGUGGAAGAUGUACAUUAAAGGACCACUAAAGCACGAUAACCACUGCAUAGUUUUGUAGUGGUUAUGGUGCCAUGAGUGUCCUGGGGUUAUACCAAUGUCAAUCCACUUUAGUUGCUGCCCCUGCAUCUGGUUUUCUCCCAGAGGAGAAUUCAAAUUGCACAAUUAGAUACUUAUUUUUCCUCCAAGAAAUGUAUGUUGAUGCAGCCUCAAAUGUCUUUUGUUUUACCUUGCAAAAUAGCGUCCAUGUCCAACUGAGUUAUUCACUAAACGGCAAAUUGUUUAAAAAUAUAUUUAAAUUGUUUAAAAAGUAAAAAUUUCAAAGUUCAAGCCGAAAUAACCAGACAAAAAAAAAAAAAUCUCCUCUAAGUUAGCUAUUGUUUUAGUUUGACUUAAAAUUUGAAAAUUCACUAUGAAUCCCGAACAAGUCCCAAUAUAUUGAAUAACCCCAAUAGUAAUUUUAUCUAUAUUUUGUGCUAGGCAUAAGGCUGAUGGCAAAUAGAGCCCUGUGUAGUGCAUUUUCACAAGUGUUCUUCCAUAUUUGUGUCUGAAAUUGUAAAACUAUUUAUUACAUUAAUGUAUCUCAUCACUGACUUCGUGCAGUGUGCCUGCAUGCCUUUAGUCCUCUUGUAGUGUCUGACAUUCAGUAUUUAGCACUUUGAUGCUCUCCUGCUGUGUGUGACAUGUUCCUGUAUAAUGUGAGUCGGUCCCAGACAGUUGAAAUGCAUGUGUUUGAUGAUUUUAGACACUUUGACAUGUUGUAUAUUAGUGUUUAAAAUGACCAUGCUGUGCUUGACGUGUUCAUAUACUGAAUCUAUUUCUUACAAGCUUUUGAAACAGUUGUGGAGUUGCUCACUACAGGGCGGAUUCAAAAGUAAUGUCAAAUUUAACCCCUUAAGGACACAUGACAUGUGUGGCAUGUCACGAUUCCCUUUUAUUCCAGAAGUUUGGUCCUUAAGGGGUUAAGGCCAAAGUAGAACUGAGUUCUGUUAUUUUGGUCUCAAAUGUAAAACAUUUCAAAUGGACAAAGAAGAGACACUUUAAUUUUUUCGAGUGAGGGUCUGGCAAGGGGGCAGGGCUGUGCCGAGAAAUUUUAUGUGACUUACUAAAUGUAAUUUAGAACAAGAACAACGAAAGAAGAAUACUGAACUCAAUAAAAAGAGGGGCAUUAGGAGAAAAAAGGGAGACCAGGGAAUUUGGGCUCAAAAUAGGGACUGUCCCUCCUAAAUAGGAACACUUGGGAGGUAUGGGUCUUUUCAAGUAGGAGAAGCCAGAUUGUAAUUUAGAGCAAAGCAUAUCUGGUUCUCAAACUUGACUAGACAUGGCACGAACACCUGGCGGCAGCAAGGUUUGGCAUCUUACCGCGGGAUGACGCCAGGACACUCCUUGCACCAUCUCUGCAGUGGUUAUAGUCCCUGGAGUUUUUCUUUAAGUCAAUAAACGGUGUGUUUCAGGAGACCGUAAUUAAGGUGUUGUAACCUCACAACAUUCUUUUUCACUAUAAACAUUUUUAGUGUCAACUCUGGAAACGAUGUUUCGUUUCCUAUUGUGUUAUAUUUAUUUAUGCUCAUCCUUGUAUCUAUGGUAGGCCACUUGGAAAUCCAGUCUUACUUGUAAUAUUACAUGAUCUGGACAUGAACUUGGCGUGUGUGAAACUCUUUGUGUGAUGUUUUCUCGCCGCAAAAACAAACGGAGGGAAAGUGAAGGAACAAGAGUGAAAAUACUAAAUCAAACAUUUUUAAAAAAUUCUAAAUUGUAUCAGGAUUUUCGGUACAGGUUUUAUGUAAUAGUAAAAAAUACGGAAAAUACAUAAAAUGUGGGGCAAAGUAGUGAAAAAGUGAUUUAAGUGAAAAACUAGAUUCAGGAAUUUCACAUUUAGAUGGACUGAGUGGAUACACAUGACUAGUAAUAUCAAAGUAUUAUUUACGUGAUGAAGACUAGCUACAUUUAUUGUAGUUUAAAGACACAUUACUGGGAGUAUUAUUGCUGUGGAGCUCUGUUAUACACUCAGACACAUUACUGGGAGUAUUAUUGCUGUGGAGCUCUGUUUUACACUCAGACACAUUACUGGGAGAAUUAUUGCUGUGGAGCUCUGUUAUACACUCAGACACAUUACUGAGAGUAUUAUUGCCGUGGAGCUCUGUUAUACACUCAGUCACAUUACUGGGAGUAUUAUUACUGUGGAGCUCUGUUAUACACUCAGACACAUUACUGGGAGUAUUAUUGCUGUGGAGCUCUGUUAUACAGUCAGACACAUUACUGGGAGUAUUAUUGCUGUGGAGCUCUGUUAUACACUCAGACACUUUAAUGGGAGUAUUAUUGCUGGGGAGCUCCGUUAUACACACUGACACAUUACUGGGAGUAUUAUUACUGUGGAGCUCUGUUAUACACUCAGACACACCAACAAUAUGGAGCUCCUAGAAAAGAGGGACAUUAGGAUUGAAAAGAGGGACAGGGGGAUUUAGACUAAAAUAAGGACUGUCCCUCCUAAAUAAAGACACUUGACAGGUAUAGUAAUAAUCCAACAUGUCUUGAUUUCUUGUGCGUAGAAUUUGAUAGCUGCUGAAGGAUUUAAAUCACAUAUAAUACUAUGGAUACCAAACCCUGCUAUGUAAAACACAUGCUGCAUGUUUGGAGGAUAUCCUGCCUCAAAUCCCACUGAUUCAUCUCUGUGUCAUCACUGAGACAAGCCUGGUAUUUGGAAUUCACAAUUUUGUAGAUUUAUUUUUAAUGGACAGAGCUUGUGAGCAUUGUACACAACGUGUCUAUAAUGUGGGUUAAUUCAGUAUAUGAGUUGGGCUGCCAUGGUGUUAAGUGGUGUAUGCUGUUUGUGAUGUAAGUGAAGUAUUGUUUGAGUGAGGUAAGUGCACUAUAUAACUACACACACACACUCUUACGAACAGACGCAUACACACUAGCUAACAGACACACACAUUUACUGACAGAAACACACUCACUUACAAAACAUACACUCUCACUGACAAACACACACUCACUAACAGACACACAAAGUAACACACUCAGUAACAGACACACACAGUAACACACACACUCACUGACACGUCAUCUUCCGGCUCCGGCAUCAGUGCGGUGCGCGAGGGAGCUGGGCAGGGAGCGCUCAGGGGAGAGUGCUCCCUUACGCGCCUGCAGGACCGUCCGCCCUCAAAGUGAAGCCACUGCAAGCCUCUGGGGGCCCUGGAAGAGGCUGGCAAAAUGUGACCACACUGCCCUGCAUACCUGGUCGCAGGUCGGCCGGGCCCCCUGAAGGCCCAGGCCCGGUCGCAGCCUCGACCCCUGCGACCGUGGUAUGUACGCCAGUGAUGGGAGUUGUAGUUCUACAACAUGGGAUCUAAACAGCAAUUGUAGUGAGCUGAAAACUAAAUUGCCAAUUUGUUGGCAUUAAAGGGACACUAUUGGCACACAAACCAGUUCAUCUGAUUGAACAAUCCCUGUCUUCUUAACCCUGCAAUAUAAACCAUUUUGGAGACACUGCAGUGUUUACAUUGCAUGGUUAGGACGGCCUCUUUCUGCUGUUUCACAGAGUUUAAUUCUGUAAAUAAGUCUGUGAAACGUCACUGGACGUCCUUACGCAUUGCAAGAGGAGGUAAAUCAUCUUUAAAAUCCCCAUAGGAAAGCAGUGAAUCAAUGAUCUAAUGCACGCUGUGCUUUCUACGCAUGUGCAUUAGGAUCACCUAUUGGCGUGACAUCACUGGCGGAGGAGACGGAUCGAGCACCAAGCGUUACUUGUGCUGGAAAGAGGUAAGUGUUAAAAGGCUUUUUAAACCUUUAUCCACUGGGGGAUUUGGGGGGGGGGGCACAGACCCUUUAAGUCCUGAUUCUCAAAAUUCCUUCACUAUAUCUAAAGUCACAGCUUGGGUAUUGUAGCCUGAAUUUCACAAUUUAUUUUUCAGUUUACUACAAAUUUGCUUUUUUGUGAAUAAACUCUUGUAUGUUGCAGGUGCAGUGUGGUUAUGGUCAUUAUUUGAAUGGAAUACAUGCAUAUUUCCCAAGUGUCCCAAUUUAGGAGGGACAGUCCCUAUUUAUUGGUCUAAAUCAGUGAUGGCGAACCUGAGUGGCCAAACCGCAAUACAAACCAACUUUUUUUUCUCAAAGUGCCAACACGGCAUUUAAAUCUGAAUAUCAAGGUUUAAGUUUAGAAAAAACAACUCCUACAGUUGUCCGUACUAAUUAAUAUAAUUUCUUUUAAAAGAAGAACACAACAUAGAGUUCAAUGAUACAAACAGUUUUUUUUAUUGAAAAAACAUAUAUUCUAGUAAAUGAAAACACACUGGUGUUUGGUGGUGCUUCACCUAACUAAGGACCUAUUCCCCCCCUAUCCACCGGCAGUUUGCAUGCAUCUUACAUGCUGCUUUGGCACAGUUUACAUAAUUUCAUAUUUAAGGUCAAAAGCUAUGCUUUCCAUUCAACUACUCUGGCCUUAAAUUCUAAAUUCACUUUGAGUUGGGAGUUGUAGGCCAUCAAUAUAUGGGGUGUAGAGAUUGAGAUCCCUGCUCUAUAUACCCAAUACAAUAUAAUAAUCCUGUUAUAAUGCAAUUUAAACUCCUAAAUACUCAGAAAGCCAAUUAAGGAUUGGUGGAACAGUAGGGCACAGACAUUUGAAGUGCUCUUGACAUUCUUAUGAUUAACAAAGUUCCCUUUCAGUGUUUGAUACAGUGUUGAGUGGCUGACCAUGGUGUAGUUUAAGUACUUGGCUAGCUGUUUGCCUCAAUGCGUUAGCCAAUAAAGGAAUUGCAAAGCAUCUGUUUAUCGUGCCCAAAAGAAGUCUGUUUGUGUGUAUGUAGGCUAGUGCAACAGCUCAACGCGAAUCAAAAAGAUAUUUAUAACACUAUUGGCCUAUAAAAUACAUAUAAAAAACUUUUUACAGCCUUUUUCAAUAAAAUAGGCAACAAAGAUACACACUGAAUGUUACGUGUGACAUUUCUAUUCCAUAUGUCCCAACAUUUCAAAUGGACAAAGAGGGACACUUUAAUUUUAGGGGUGUGAGUGGGAGUGUGGCCAUGGGCUGUGGAGCUCUGUUAUACACCCAGACAAAUUACUGGGAGUAUUAUUGAUGUGGAGCUCUGUUAUACACACAGACACAUUACUGGGAGUAUUAUUGCUGUGGAGCUCUGUUAUACAUUCAGACACAUUACUGGGAGUAUUAUUGCUGUGGAGCUCUGUUAUACAUUCAGACACAUUACUGGGAGUAUUAUUGCUCUGGAGUGUCUACCUGAUCGUCUCUUGCGGUGGUUGAAAUGUUGAGAUUCAUGUCUUUUCACUGCAUAACACUGUAAGCACAACACCAUAAGUUGCCAAACAUCCAUCCAUCCGUUGAUAAUCUGCAACUCCCAUAAUCUUCCUCAGCCAGACUGCACCCAUGCAAAUUAUAUCAGUGUCCAGAAUCAGUGGAUUACUAUCUAGUCCAGGCAUAGGCAACCUUCGGCACUCCAGAUGUUUUGGACUACACCUCCCAUGAUGCUUUGCCAGCAUUAUGGGUGUCAGAGCAUUAUGGGGGAUGUAGUCCACAACAGCUGGAGUGCCGAAAGUUGCCUACCCCUGAUCUAGUUGCAUGUGUAACGUUUCCUGAUAAACUGCGGGCCGUUCUCCAGUAAUAUUGGGGACUCAACCUUUCAUUUCUGUGACUUGACUUAUCCAACUAGGUUUUUUCGUAAUUUUUCUCACCUCUGUAUAACGUGUUCUGCUUGACAACAGGGUUAUUCAAUAACGUGUGAAUUUUAAAUUUAAGGUCAAAGUAGCCAAAAUGGAAUCAUUCUCUAAAUCUGCUGUUUCUGCUACUUUGGCCUUAAAUUUUAUAUUCACUUACAAUUCUCUCUUUAGUGAAUAACUAUGAUAUUUUUUCUGUGCUUGAUACCUUAUAAAUCUUAGCACAGGGUUGCAGUUCUAUUUUACUUUUUAUACGUUAGUUUCUUUGUAGGGAAGCCAUAAUUCCCUAUUAUAAUAUAUAUUCAUUGUUUUUAACAUUCCCUGGAAUUUUUCCGUAUCGUUUAUAGUUCCCCUUUUAUUGAAUGUUCUACGUAUGGUUUCAAAGAGAAUGUGCCAGGGUCCUUCUGGCAACUAUUAGCAGACGUCGGGGUGGUUUAAAUUCUUACAUUCAUACCUGGGACAUAAUAGGUAGCAGGCCUUGUUUCAUUUGGAAGUUUAAUAACAGAUUAAGAGGACAUUAUGAAUCAUACUUUUGAAAGAAAAGCACGGACUCCACACAAGUUAAUAACAGAAAACAGAGUGCGGGUAAGAAACAUGUCAAUGUCAUUGUGUGCUGUACAAUGAUACUGAGUUUUGUUACUGGCAUACAGAGCGCAGUGUCUUCCUUCCAGAGCAAACAAACACGGUGACUCACAGUCUUAUAUUCUGUAGCCAAGGAAUACCCACAAGAAUUCUGUGUUUAGAAAGGAGAGGGAUCUUAAAGCACCAGGACUGACAUUAAUCUGUCCUGCGCGAUAAGACACAAUGUGAGGGGAUGGGGGAGUAUAAAGUACUUUAUAAAAAAACAUUCUAGCAAUUUUAUUUUAUAAAAUAAAUUUAUUUAUAAAGCGCCAACCUAUUCCACAGCGCUGUACAAUUUGAAAAAAGACAGUACAAUCUAAAUAGACCAAUACAACAGGUAGGGGGCCCUGACUGUGAGCGAGAUCAUGCAUAAUUGGCACUACACCAAAGUCCCUAUGUGACAGGCAAAGCUAUAAAUACCAUAUUCCACAAUUAGAUCUUAAUUUUUCAACCAAAAUACUUAUUUUUAUGUGGCCUUAAAUCUCUCAUGUUUUACUCUGCAAAAUAGCAAUAGGCUCACAGCAGUGUGUAGUACAUCACAGAGCUCCCCAGAAAUAAAACUCACAAUAUUGUGCUGAGUUUUGUGAAUGUAUCACAGAGCUCCCCAGCAAUAGAACUCACAGCAUUGUGUUGAGUGUAUCACAGAGCUGCACAGCAGUGGAACUCCUAGUAAUGUGCAGAUAUGGUGAGUGUAACACAGAGCUCCAAAGCAAUAAAACUCACAGAAAUGUGCAGUGUGUUUGCAUCACAGAACUCUAAAGCAAUAACACAUACACAGGCUUCUCAGUUUGUAAUCUGUAGCAACACAACUAUUUCUACUGAAAGCCUAGAAGUGCUUAUUCACACCUUGUAUAGUUGUGUGGUUUUAUGUUACUCGGUUAACACAUCUCGAUUGCCAUUUGGUUUUGCAAACAACGCAGGCCUAGUGGGAAAUAAGCUAAUGUUAAGAUUACCAAGAAAAACUCUAAUUCGAAUAUUACAAACUCAAUUAAACAAAGAAUAUCUGGAGGAAGCAGCGCAUGUUUUGCUUUCUAGCGGAAAGGAAAAUAGAUAUACAGAACACGUGUUCACCUGCAGGGGGACUUCAUCUGAAAACGUGACACUUUUGCAAAAUGAGGGCAUGGGCAUAAAAUGCAAUGGGAGAUCAUUUUCAGCCCUGUGCAAUAGGUCAAGAAAUAUGGUUUGAAGCCUCACAUUGUUCUCUGUCUUUACAUACAACUUUACCCCAGGCUGGCUGAUCUUUGGCACUCUUGGCGUUAUGGAUAAUGCCCAUUUUUUACAGCCAGCCACAUUUGGCUAAACGGAUGGUUAAACUGUGUGGGCAAACACAAAGCCUCAACAGCUGGGGUACCAAACAUGAAUCAUCACUUCUUCAAAGUUCUUCAAACAAAAACAGAUACAAAUAAAGCUGAUUUUAAGUCAGCCAGGUGAAUUAAACUCAUGAUAACAAACCCAUAGGUCUUUGCAUAGAGUUUACAAUCUAAAGACCUAUGGGCCUUGAUAAUUAGAAGAACGUGGUUACUUUUAAUAUCCCUAGUGUAGACUGUAGGCUCACUUCAGUCGGACUAUUGUCACUCUUGUUCCUGUCUCCCUCCUGUGCCACUAAAGUGUGUUUGUAUAAUUUACAUAUGGCAAAUAGCCGCAUAAUAUAUAAACAAAAUAUACAUAAUACUCGAACAUAUAUAGUUUUUAAUAUGAUAUAUGUCAAGUUCAAUAUGAAAGAGAGAUUGAAUCCGCAGCCAGGAGAGAUGUCUUUGGAGAGAAAGUUACUAGGAGUAUAAUACCAUGCGUCAUGUUUACGAGGGACUUUGGUUAAUAGAGAAUGGAUUGCUACAGAUAUAUAUGGAUAUCUAUCCCCGGGAUAUCUGGAAUGCUGUCCACUUUCGCUAUUCUACUGCCACACUGUGGUUUAAAGAUGUAGUGGGAGACACAGCCUUUAAGAUAGGGGUACAAUCAGGGGGAUUUUUUCAAGUGUUCUAUUCUGAAAAGUGAUUAUAAGAUACUGAAAUGGGGGGGAUGUUGGAUGGCAACUCCUGUCACCCCUGACCGGAUGGGGUGACAAAAAAUGAGAAUUGCCCGGUACUGUUCUAUGAAGCCGUGUUUACAAGUUGAUUUUAAAUAUCAUAAAAUACCAUAAGAGCCAUUUCUAAUUUUGGGGUGUUAUUCACUAAAACCGUCAGUUGUGGUGAACAGUCUGACAACUGAAUUGUAACCUUUGAAGGUCCAAAAAGGUCUGGUUAAAAAAGACGCAUGUCAUACUGAGUGUUUUAAGAGCACUUUGCACAGAAUCAUUCGUGCUCUGAUUACUGGGGCAGUUCCCUAGUCUUCACAGAUGUGGGUCACCAGGGAACUAACCAAGGACCGGAGUCCAUUUCCAGACUCUCCUACUGAAUUGGGAGGUAUCAAUCCAAACAAUCUGCAGUGUCUAUGGUGUUUCGAGUGCCCUUCUAAAUGGAUCCGUUGAUUCUACUGCUCUACAUGCUAUAACGUCCGAUUUCAAGCCUAGAACAGCUUAAACAAAGAGCCGAAUAACUUGACUACAGACCAACUGACAGAUCUAUUUUCCCCAUAAUAUAUCUUAAAAAGACCAGACUUUAUAACUUAUCAUAUUUCCUACACACAGCAAUUUCAUGCUGAUCUCAAGAGGUACAGCUUGCACCAACUUCUGUUGGAAGACCAUAUCACGUAACCACAAAACUUCCUGUAAAAAUAAUUAUAAAAAGUCUCCUUUUAUUGUUAAUGCACUUCAGUCCCCAUUUACUCCGUCACAUAACUCAUUGUUAUAGCUGUUCUGUUAUAUCUUUCAAUUAAAAUAUAACAUAGCUGUACAAGAGCUGCACAAACAAACCAAAAACAUAAAAAAAAAAAAAAAAGAUUAUAACAAGCACGUGAACAGCAACAACCUUAAAAGGACAACUUUGAGCACCAUAACAAUUUAUCUCAAUGAGGUUGUUAUGGUGUCUGGAAGUUCUUGGCGCUGCCUAACCUCUAAGUGUUCUUGAUAGUGCAGUUGUCUCGUUACAAUUACAUGUCUGUUAGUCCACCCAUUGUACAGCGCUACAGAAUCUAAAGGCGCUAUAUAAAUAAUAAAAUAAUAAUAAUAGUGCUUAUCCCCCUGGCGUUGGUUUGGCACUCACUGCAUUGCCCUGUGCAUUGCCAAGCACAUCUAAUGAUCCACUGGCUCUACGCUUACUGGGGACAGUACACAAGGGAGUGAAGUCAGGAUGGUAGGACAGGUUCUGAAAUAGGGACUGUCCAACCAAAACGAGUCUGUUAGGAUUCAAAUAAAUUUAAAGGACCACUAUAGUGCCAGGAAAACAAACUCGUUUUCCUGGCACCAUAGUGUUAAUAGGUCCCCCCCACCCUCAGGGUCCGACUCCCGCCAGGCUCUAGGGGAAGAAGGGGUUAAACGCUUACCUUUAUCCCGCGCAGGGCUACCUCGGCGCUGGGGACUGUAGCGAAGCGGCAAUAUUAAAUCCCACGAUCUCCGCUGGUAAAAAAGGUAAUCCACAGUCAGCGAUGAAAAGUAAGGCAAUAUCCAAAUCCCCCAGUAACCGGACGAGACACAGUUCUGGGAGUCAACUGAGGUUUUUAUUCACAGCAUCCAGUAUUUAUGCAAGUCCCCAUGCAAGGGGUUUCCAUACUGACAUAACAGGGGUUGUACAGUAGGGGACUACAUGGGGGACUUAACAUUCUGAGCAUUUCUCCCAUCAGGCACUGCUGGACGAGAGGGAUACUCCCACUGGAAUACACCGUUAAGUGGAUUAUCCCUCCGUGCAGCAGAACCGGCAUUUUACAUUAAAAUGUAUAACAUUUAUAAUACUUGAGUGAUUUAAACGAAUGGACGUUCGGUAGAUAGCUGGGGUCUGAGCGCACCUUUCGUGAGAAUACCGCUCAGAUCCUAGCUAAAACAACCGAACGCCGCACGAAAUACACUUUGCCCAUGAGUUCGUCUGAAAGUGCCGAACACCGAUGGGGAACUGUAAUAGUAGAAUACCGGAAUACCGUCGAGUAGCCUUUUUCAGUUCCACGCGCUCGACGACCAAACCCCGCUGGUAAGACAAAGGAUCCAAGAUGGCCGACCGCCGCGUGGUUGGUAGCCAAACGACGGCCACCUAGGAAAGCCUCUAAUUACCGAUUGCAACACUGUUGCAAUCGGUUAAUGAGCACCACACGUCCCUCUGUGUGUGGGCUAUUAGGGGGUAGCUCAUUCGGUUCACGAACAGCCUGUAAGGUUGCUGUUCGUGAAACGAAACACAUGAAUGCUAGUGGCUUUUGGCUGCUAGCAUACAAAUUCAAUGCAAACAUACAGUAACACACAGUGUAAAUCCAGGUUAUACAUGAAGUUACAGGGAUUAGUACAGACAACCUUUUUAUGCACAUAGUCCAGAAAAUUACAAGUGGCUAGGUUUGCCACAGGGACUCUCCUCUUUCUUCCGACGUCAUCGGCUGAAUGCGCGGCAAGAGCCGCACGUGCAUUCAGUAAGUCCAUAGGAAAGCAUUUCUCAAUGCUUUCCUAUGGACGCUGGUGUCUUCUCACUGUGAAAAUCACAGUGAGAAGCGCGGAAGCAUCUCUAGCGGCUGUCAAUGAGACAGCCACUAGAGGCUGGAUUAACCCUCAGGGAAACAUGUUCUAGAUGGACCUGGCACCCAGACCACUUCAUUAAGCUGAAGUGGUCUGGGAGCCUAUAGUGGUCCUUUAAUAUUUGAGGCAAAGUUCUACAAGUAAACUAUAUGCAUUCUGCCCUAAUUUCUGAAAUUCACUUUGAAUUUAUGACAAAUGACCAUUUUUAACCCUGUAUUUAUACAGCGUGAACAAAAUCCCUGUGCUUGUAACACCUGGAUGGAGAGAGUUAAAAAAUGAACCCCUCUGACAGCUAGCUUUGAAUAUAUAAACACUGUCAGUUUGGCUUUUACUGAACCCAGCACUCAACCCAGCACUCAAUCCUUAAAUUGACUGUCUGGAGAAAAGAUGUUUUUACCAUAGAAGUACAUGUGGACUCAGCUGUGAUACAAAAAAAACCCCAGUGAAAAUAUAACUGUUGUCAUCUGGCUCGUAUGUACUAAGAAACAAACGCGUCUCCUUAAAAGGUGCUAUUUUAACUAGACAAAACAAACAGCUGUCUGGGAUGUAAAACAAAGCGAAUUUGGCACAGGUGUUAUGUUGUUAAAUCUACGAUAGUUUAACCCUAUCAAUUCAAAACACAAAAUGUCAUGAUAAGCCCCUUUUUUUGGGUUAUAUCACUGCCCUUUCCACCCCCUCACAUGACAAUAGAUUAGAAUUUAUGAUUCCCUCCAAAAAGAUGAACUGACAAAUCUCCUCUUGACGGUUGAUGGGAACAGGCUUCACCUCGCGCAGUCAAGGAAUUAUUGCACAUGCGCAAGAUUUAACAUGUAAGUCCCGGAAUGUUAUCGGAUGUUCCGUAAAACUCUUUUUGUGCUCUUUCAAGUUCAAUAUUCAAUAUUAAUGUUUAAAUAAUGGCAACGAUGCAAGCAUCCAGCAAUCUUUGACUCAGAUCCCUUCGUUGAGAUUAAGUGGUAUGGGUGCCUAAAGUGAUUCUUUAAUCUGUAGUGCAGGGGUCCUCAAACUCCGGCCCCCCAGAUGUUCUGAAAUACAACUCCAAUGAUUCUCUAGCUAGCUAUGUAAUUCAAAGAAUCAUAGGAGUUGUAGUUCAGCAACGUCUGGGGGGCCGGAGUUUGAGGAACCCUGCUGUAGUAGUUCUGAUGCUUAGACUGUCCCUUUAACAUACUCCAAGCUCACACUUAACUCCAUGGCGCCACCUACUGUUUUCAGAAUGUUGAAUAAAAAAACUUGUGAGUGCUGUCAGAUCAAUUUCUCUAAGUAUUUAAGCAAUGCCAGGCUUGACGCAGCAUGAGGUUAUAAAAAUGAUUGUAAAAAGGCAAGUUUACAAACCAAAUACUUUCCAUUAUGUUGCUAAAGAUCUAAUUCUGACAUGAAAUAUCCUGCUUUUAGAGAAUGCAGAACUGAUAAAUAUGAAGAUUUUUUUUCCCCAUUCUUAAAUAAAGGAAAAGGAUCCUUUUCUUCCCAGUUCAUUUUCCCAGGCCACCCCUCCACUUUCCCCACCAUCUCGAGCCCACCUAACACCUCCUUCCCCUCUCCUUCCCAACCCCCAACGCUCCUAGUCUCUGCACCAUUGUUUAUUUACAUCAGGUUGACACUCACUGCAUUGGAAUGAAAUUCCUGUUUCCAGAAGUGGUGAUAGAAUGGAAUUGCCUUCCAGUAGAAGUGGUAAAAGUUUAUACAGUGCUGUAAUUCGAGAAUGCAGUGGGUAGGCCUCAGGCAAUCUGUAAAGGAAAUUAGGUCAACUGUUACAUUGGUACAUUUUAGACAGUGUUACAUGAGUUACAUAUUUGACAGGCUUCAUGCGCCUUGGCAGCCGUCAUAAACUUUUCCACUACCUCAUAUUAGUAGCUUGCGUUUUCGCCUAGACCUAAGACGGCCCUUUGGGGGGUGUUGACAUUAAGCCAUGACAUUAUUUUUGUCAUUAAUUUAACUUUUUUUGAAACUCCCAUUUAUGCUGCCCCCAUCUGCAUAAAUUAGCUUCAAAUUCCUUUUAUUAAUUUUUUUCCCCCGAUUGAGCACGGACCUAGCUAAGCAUCAUGAAGGCAACAGUUUAUAAAUACCUGGCGUACUAACUUUUGGCAUAUUUUUUGGAUGUACUAUUACAAGCUUCCCCAAACUCCGGCCCUCCAGCUGUUGCUGAACUACAACUCUCAUGAUUCUCAGCCUAUCUAUUUCAUUCAUAGAAUCAUGGGAGUUGUAGUUCAUCAACAUCUGGAGGGCUGGAGUUUGGGUAAGCCUGUAAUAGUUGCAUCCCCCUGUUUUAUUUUGUUAUUAUAUAAUGUAUAUUUCAUUGUACCUAUUGUACAAUUUGUUACCAUUGUAAAAAAACAAAAACCUUUUACUUAAUAAUAAAAUAUAUUUGAAACAAAAUUUUCUUAUGAGAUUCAGGCAAUCUAGACCAGUGGUGCCCAAAAGGUAGAACCCCAGAUGUUUUAAAACUACAGCUUCUGUGAUGCUUUGCCAUUCUAAAGGCAUUCCAGAGGCAUGCAAAGCAUCAAGGGAGUUGUAGUUCUCCAACAUUUGGAGAUCUACCUUUUGGGCACCCCUGACCUAGACUGUCUGAGCAUCACGCGGACAGGAACUCCCAAACAUGAGAACAUAAAACCAUAUUUUAUGUUAAAUGUAAAGCUAUGUUUUAUAACUUUAAUCUUGCCACACCAUUUUUUCUUUUUUAAAUUACUAUUCACUGCAAACAUGCACAACAAAUAAAAUGUUGCAUUUUUUUAAAAUUUUUAAAGACCCUAUCAAUUCAGCGAUUACUUAUAAUGAUUUGCAUUGCAAUAUAGUAGCAAGCGCAAGGUAAUACAAUGCAAAUAAGCAUUAUGGGUAAUUUGUUAAAUGAAUAUCUAUAAGCCAAGGUUUAAGUGCUGUAUACAGCGGAGAAAGGGAGGAGAAAUUAGUGAUGGGGAGAUUGUGGUAAGUAUUCGCUUGUAGGUUUGUGUAACUUCAGUGUGGGGGUAUAACGGAAGAACUGAAUGUAUCACAGCGGGUGUAACCACUAAGUGCGGAAGCAGUCACAAACCUAGCCAUCUAGCAUACAGUAAGAUUAUAUUAAAUAAAGUUCCACUUUCUAUUAAAAGAAAUAUACAGUUUCAGUGCCCCUCCCUUCCUGCUUUCUAAUGAUAUAUGAAUAAUACUCUAUUUUGCAAUCAAAACUGGAAAAGUACUGCUAUUAAUGCACAAAUCCUAGUUUUUUUUAGGGUAAAUUACACAUUUUUACUAGCAUUCAAAGUGAUACAUUUUAGGGUUUUUCACUAAACUCUGACCGAGUUAUUUCCUAAAGCGAGAAUUGUCAGCAAUUCAAUGUGAAACUUAAGACCAAAGUAGACGAAUUGGAAGCAUAGCGGAUUUGGAGAAUUAUUCACGUUUGAUUAGUGUGAUCUCAAGCUUGAAAUCAACGUUGUAUUCCCAAACGUCGCAAAUAAAAUACAGCCUUACUGGUGUCAAAUUAACAUGGAUAUUCUAAAAACAAAUGCUGUUUUAAAGUGACCCCUGACUCAGAAAUAGGGCGGGCACGCAUUGUUAGAAUAUUGGCACAGUCUCAAUGUAGUCAUCAUGGGUGAUCAACAAGGCAGCUGUAAGUUAGUCAAUUUUGAAUCCUUUUGCUGAACACCACAUUUUGUAGUAAUUUGAAAACAAAAUUGCCAAAUUUAGGCAAUAAUAUCUCAUUAGAAAAUAUUCUCAAGCUUGGCUGUACUAAACGUUUGGCUAUUUUAGUCUAAGUUUUCCAGUUUGUCUUUCAACUCAGUUCAGUGUUUAGUGAAUAAUUGUACAGCGCUACAGAAUCUGAAGGCGCUAUAUAAAUAAUAAAAUAAUAAUAAAAUAAUAAUAAUAAAAAAAGUCGUUCUCUCAAUGUUAACCCAUUAGGACACAUGGCGGAAAUAUUCCGUCAUGAUUCCCUUUUAUUCCAGAAGUUGUGUCCUUAAAGGGUUUUUAAAAUGUCAGUCUUAUUUUUGGUUGAAACUGGUGCAGGGACCGAGUUUAGUUAGAGUGCCCUCUAUUGACUGCAUUGAGAAAUGUCAGAAAACGACACAGCUUUAUCUUAAAAAGUACACGUCUUAUCCUAGUCCUGGGAAGAACGGUACAUGUUCUUUUUGCAGUUGCUUUUAUUAAAAACAUUUUUUUUUUAAGUUUUAAUGGCAUUCUAAGGCUCCGUUAUUUUUAUUCCAUAAUGCAGCAUUAGUUAUCUGCCUGGUGCAUUUAGGGUCUGAGAAUAUAACCAGGAGAAAAACUGAGGAGAGCCCUUUGUGAAAGAGUAUAUAAUAAGAUCUAAAAUAGAUUUACAGGGUUAUUUACCAAAAGGAGAAUGAAUUCAAAGUGAAUUUUAAAUUUAAGGUCAAAGUAGUCAAAUGGGAAAAAUUCUCUAAACCAGCCAUGCUUUGAAAUUGAUUACUCUAGCCUUAAAUGUUGAAUUAUUGCAUUUUAGUAAGAUGUUUCUGGCUUUCUCACAUAUCCGUGUGUGUUUAGAUUGCGAAGUACACAUUUUAAAAAAUUGUUUUAGUUUUAGUCUAGUCUAGAAUUGUUUUAGUUUAGUUUUAGUCACCUAAAUCUCCAGCAGAUUAGUUUAGUUUAAUUAAAGCCUCUAUCUGUCUCUUUUGCCCCUUCCCCAGCCCCUCUGUGUCUCUUUGUGUCCUCCUAGCCCCUCUAGGUGUCUCUCUCCCAAGCCCUGGUCUGUGUCUUUUGCCCCUUCCACAGGCCCUCUGCGCAGUGUUAAUUUUGGCGGCAAAUUUCAAUUUAGUUUUAGUCAUAGUCUUCUGACAAAAAAGCCAUUUUAGUUUUAGUCAUAUUUUAGCCAUCUGAAUUGUUUUAAUCUUGUCUAGUUUUAUUCGACAAAAUGUGACUAAAAUUGUUAGUCGACAAAAUUAACACUGUAGUCAGAAAUUAUCAUUUUUGCAGGAUGCCUUUAAAGGGAUUCUCUAGUGGCAGGAAAACAAACCCGUUUUGACAUCUACGGGGGACUUGCUAUUUAAUUAUCAGAGAUCUGAUUAGCUCUAAUAAAGAGAAUGUAGCCUACAAUGAGGAGUCAGGAAACCGUCAAUACAAUGAAAACUAAUUUGCAAAUAUAAACUUUGAUAACAGAAAAUAAUAUGUUUGCCAAUACACCUUUAUGCCAAAAUAAAUAUUUGGAGAGGAACAAUGCAAAGGGCAGUGUGACGGCUCACAUCAAGGUUUGGGGGUGAUUCUAAGGUAGGCAGCGAGGAGCAUUAACUAUUACUCAGACCAGAUACCCACCAUAACAACAUUUAAACUGUACUCUGGGGAGUGUAAGCAGAGAUAUAUCUCCUCAUUCUCCUACAUAGGAAUUAUCCCUGUAUCAACUGUAUUGUUAGAAUCUCCCUGUAUCAAGUCACUUGCUUAUUACAAAAUGUCCACAAACUGUGAUAAAAUAAUAUCAAAUAAAUGAGAUGUAUUCUGUAGUAAACAACUUAAAGGACCACUCCACAGACAUAAAGCACCUUAGCUUGCUGAAGUGCUUUAUAUGUGAAGAGUAUGUCCUUGUUUUUUCAAUUUAGAGAAAGUACAGAUUUCAGUAGAAAUUGUUUUUGUUUUUUUAUAAAUGAACCAGGUUACAUCCCCCUUGGCUGUCAGUCAGACAAGCGGUCCUUAUACUUCCUGCCAGUUUAGCUCAAGAGGCAGCAAUUGGCCAGAGCACCUGCCUUGCAAAAAUUCCUCAUUGAGCUGCAUUGGGAAGUCUGUGAUUGGACGGCCACAGAAAGUCUGGGCGGGGUUAGAAUGGGAGGGCUUGCAAAUGCUGCAGACAAGAGAUCUACAGCUGUAUUUAGGUAUAUCCGAACAAAAACAUACAUGUUUAAAUGCAUGCAUGUGUUCAUUAGGGCUACAUCUACGCAAUAGUGAUUUUACAGUUUUUCGUUUUAGGGCAGUAAAGUGUCCCUUUAACAGGGACAUCACAAGCAGCUCUUGGGUUUUUAAAAUAUUUAAUUGGAUCCAUCUCUAAAAUUGAGCAAUGGAUUAAAUGUAUUCACAAACUGAAGAAUCCAACACAUGUGUAAACACGUUUACUUUUUAAUUUAAUGUUUUUAUUUGCUGCAUAGGCAAAGCAAUGCAGGAAAUAUUCCCACACAGGAGUGUCAUUAUGUAUGUCAGCUGAAUAACAUGAUUAACAUAUGGGCUUUUUAUUUUUAAAUGAUAUAUGACAGUGAUGUAAAAUUAUUAAAGGGACAGUCUAGGUACUAUAACCACUUCAUUUUAUCCCACUGAUGCUUCUGAAGCCCUUCUUCAGUGUUCAAAUGUUUGGGUACAGUUUAACACUAAACAGUGGGACAACGCCAGAGGACUCCAGACACUAUAACCACUUCAUUGAGGGUCGACUCUCACAAAUUAUAUUAUGAUUUGUGUAUCCGUAGGAAGUUCUUUCUUAAGUUUUAAAUGUUCUUUUACAAGAUUUACCCUGAAGCGUCUUUUGGCCCUGAAACUUGAUAUUACAAAAAAAAUAAAAAUAUCCAUUGUUGAUUUUUUUUAAACUCUGUUCUAUUGCUUUCGGGAACAUGUUUAAAGCUUAGGAGCCACAAUCUCCAUGUAAAAGAACGAAGGGAAGGCAUUUGUAAUUAAAUCCCUCGGCCACUUCCAUUUUAAGGAAAUGUAGAACUGAGACGAAUUAUUACCUUCUGUAAACCAUGAAUAUUUCCUAAGGUUUGUGGCUACAAUCUACAUUCCCAGUCACAUGACUCAUCGCCCGUCACUGCGCAGAGGGGCUUUGUAAGGACACAAGAGCCUGGGUUGUUCAUCUGCAAGCAAGGGUCACGUCUGGAAACACAGCCUGGAGCUUCAAAGGAGUUUCACAUCAUGACCUGGAUUUUUGGCAUUUAAAAAAAAAAAAAAGUAUUUUUCUUUUUUAAGAAAUAACAUCCAGGCAGAUAGGAAUAUAAUUCAGGGUAGUUUUAACUAUCCAGUGCCUGGACAGAACUGCUCUUUAAUCUAGGUUUGUUGGUAAUUUACAAGGGACUUCCGAAUUUUUGGUGAGUAUUUGAAUUUGAAGAAUUUUUCAAACUGGCUAUUUUAAGCUAAAAUAUUUUAGGCAGCUUUCUGGUCAUGGCAAUUCCCAUUUUACUGAGCUAUUCAGUAAAAAUAAGAAUUGAUGGGGAUUCAAAAAUGAAUUUCAAAUGUAAGGCCAAAAUAGCCAAACUGAACACGGGACUUUACUUGGAGAAUUUUUCUAAAUCAGCUAUUUUGGCCUAACUUGUGAAAAUCACUUUGAAUUCACGACAAGUUGUGGAGCUUUGCACAUUCUAGAGCAGGGGUGUUGUGGACUACAUUUGCCCUGAUUCUUUGUCACCAUUAGGGCUGUGAGAGCAUUAUGGGAAACGUAGUCCAAAACAUCUGGAGUGCCGAAUGUCGCCUACUCCUGUUAUAAACCAGUAUAAUCUAGCAAAACUAGAGAUUUUCGUUUUUUAGUUUGGCUGUUUGGUCUAAAAUUUGCAAUUUUCUUUUAUGCUCAACAUUCCGCUAUUUCACAAUGGAUCUGUCAACUGAUGCUGAGCUAUAGGACUCUGUCCAUAGAGUCUCAGUCCAUAGCAACUGGAUUGUCUCAUGUUGAAUAUUAUUGGUGAUACAAAUCAGUAAUCAUGCUUACCAACUUUCUGUGUGUCAUAACAAUGGCAGUAACAACUACAGUUAUUUAUAUAGCGCCAACAUAUUCCUCAGCGCUAUACAAUAGGUAAACAAAACAAACCCAAAUUUCUAACAAAACAUGAUUGUUAUCCAAUAUUUCUGGGCAAUAUUUUUUUCUAUAAAGCACGAUAAGGGGGCUGAAUGUGGUCAGAAAGCAGGAUAUUUGGAAGGCAAACUAUUGUUUUAUUUAUUUUUUAAUUGAAUACGUGACUGCAGUAUAUACACAUAUAGACACACAAAGGUCUCGAAUAUUGUUGAAAAAAAGGUAGAUCCACAGACCAUGGCUGUUUUAGGUUAUGACGCUUACCAGCCGUAAAAUGUAUUUAAUUUCUGCAGAGCUGCAAUUCAAAAUCUAUUUCUGAGUUAAGCACCUAAAUUUGUUUUUUCAGCUAACAUUCCGUGGCCAUUGACAUAUUUUCACCCAGUCGUUUUGAAGGUAAAUGGUGUCCUGUUAUAACCAGAGCCCUCUGCGCCCCCUCUCAAUAUAGUAAAAGGUUCAUUAAUUGUAUUUAUCUAAGGCGUUACAGCUGCCAAACAUAGUCCAUUACAGACAUUUAGUAAAUAGAAUGCUCUGUGAUGUUUAAAAGGUAGGUAUCAGUUUCAAAGACAUUUUUUUAUUUAAUACUGCUUUGUGAAAUUAGAUAUUUGGUUUUAGUUAUUUCGCUUUAUGUGCUCGACACUCAAAAACUGCUCGUGAACAUGAUGCUAUAGACCAGAGAUAUUCAAUAUUAGAACCGAAACUGCCAAAAAUGCAGUAAAUGAGAAGCAAAGGCUUGUGGGAGUUGUAGUUUGCUAACCCCUAGGAAUGCACCAUCCUGUUCAGUGGCAUUCACACAACACUAAGUAAGCCAAUGGCAAUUUGAUGACUAUAUAUAAAAACAAACAAAAAAAAAACAUUAUAGUCACAAAUUAAAUAUAAUAUGUCUAAGAGACAUAAAUAAUAUCAAAUAAGGUCUACAUGUAUUAAAGAUGAAGUGGCCAUUUAGUUUAAAAUACAUACCAAAUUAAUGUAGUCCUUAUAUAUACAUUUGCAAUUGAUAUAGCUGUAGGAGAUGUUUAAAUCACAGCAGACUCUGUAUCUCAAGAAAACGGGUUUUAUGCCACUGCAAAUCUGUUAUCUGAUUGUUCUUUAGUGGUCGAAACAGGAGAUUAUAUCUACAUGUUUCUGAUCUGCACCUGGUAGAGGGUGAGGACAUACGGAGGUGAUGUCAUACUUUAAAACUGGUCCUGGCACAAUUUUUUCAGCAUUGUGUAAAAAAAUAUUGUAUAAAGGUUGUACAAAAAAGUAAAUCUGAAUGAUUAUCAUCUCAUACUUGACAAGAGUCCUGAAUCUUUUGCGGGUAGUCCUGAUAUGGAGAUACUCUGCCUCCACUCCAAGACUCCUGUCUCACUUCUGUGGACACCAGCGCAUGUUUAAACAUCCUUAAAUGUACCAAAGUACAGUAAAUGUGAAUGUGCUUCAGUACCACAUCCAGUAGCCAGUCCAAGGGGAAAUGUGACAAUACGCAAGCUCUUCAGGAGAGCUCUGCUCAUGGGAUGCCCUGUUUGACCUGUUUGCCUCCUUUACAGCUGGCAUUAACACAGAAUUUGUAUCCAAUAUAUAAAAUAAGGGCGUAAACCUCUUAUCAUAACAAUAUCACUGAGUUUAAUUAUACAUAAAUGUGAGCUGACAAAAUCUGUAAUAAAGCACUACGCAAUAUUAUAUUCUCUAUUAAUAAUGUGAGAGCUACCAAACAAAGCAUUAAUAUUAUAACACAUUAAUAAUAAAAUAAAAGUUGCAGGGAACACGUGAAUGCCUAUUCUUACACCACACUUGCUAACAGUCCUGAGUUUAGCUGGAUAGUCCUGACUUUAGGACUAUUUUCCCAGGUAUUUUCUCUUAUCCAUCUUCACUAUGCAAGAUAUAUGUCCGCCGACCGUAUAUUGUAAGCUUGUUUGAGCAGGGCCUUUCUUGUAUUGUACAGCGCUGCGGAAUAUGUUGGCGCUAAAUCAAUAUCAAUAAUCAGUCGAUCAAUCAAGAAUAAUGCAGCAUUUAAUGCCAUACGCCAGUGUUUCAGUAGCACUUUGCCUAUAAGCAGCUGGUCAAGCUGGGGUCUCCUCGUUUACAGGCUGGAAUAUUGCUUGUGAAGCAAACUGGGUCCCGGGCACAUUGCAAGUAAGUUCCACUGGAAUUCCUGCCAAGAUCAAUUGUUUUUACACCUGCAGCAUGAGAGUGCUGCAUACGUCUGAUGGUGCCUUUCAUGCACAGCUCCACAACAUGAAACUUUACUAUCGGGAUUAUUCACUAAAGUGAGAAUGGACAGAAAUGUAAAUUUCAAAUAACCCUGUAUAUGUCCCUCUAAACCAGGCUUCCCCAAACUCCGGCCCUCCAGAUGUUGCUGAACUACAACUCCCAUGAUUCUAUGAAUGAACUAGAUGGGCUGAGGAUCAUGGGAGAUGUAGUUCAGGAACAUCGGAGUUUGGGGAAGCCUGCUCUAAAUCAAUGGUGCCCAAAGGUUAGGUCCCCAGAUGAUGUAGAACUACAAAUCCCAUGAUGCUUUGCAAGUCUUUAGAAUGACAAAGGAUCAUGGCAGCUGUCAUUUUAAAACAUCUGGGGAUCUACCUUUUGGGCCCCCUGCUCUAAACCACAGUGAUCUGAAAAUCAGAGUUUAAUUCUUCAACCAGCAGGGCAUCACAUACAUUUAUUUCACGAUAAAUCAUUUUUAAAAUACAAAUGGCGCAGCCAUCCCGAUCCUACGUGAAAUCUUUGUCGAACCUGGGUAACUAGGAAGGUAAUCUCUUUUCAUUGAUUCAAUGCUAAAUGCUGUUUUUGGCAGGGGCUCAGAUUACCUGCACUAUGAGGUGUUUGGAUAGCUUGUGGUGAUAUUAUUUGAUACACAAUAGCCUUUGCGUUUGCUUACUCUUUUUACAUUAUUGUCUAGACCAGCUUUGUCAAGGAGAGUUCAUUGAGAUUUUCCCAUAGGCCAUUGCACUAGUAAGGUGAUUCAGGAAUCGGAAUUUAGACAGCUUGACAAAUUACUGUAAAUAUGAAUCUGCUUGUGUACUGCAUGUUAGUCAUAUCCUGUGAGUUCAACUAAAGGUUUAUUCGCUAAACAGUGACAGGGAUAUUCAAUAAAGUCUCCAGAACAUACUUAAAAACCACAGAAAGCUCAAUGCCUCCAUCCUGGUAAAGAUUUAAAUGAAAGAGUAGAGGUUACUAACAGGGUUAUUCAGUAAAGUGAGAAUUCCAAGGGAAUUUCAAAUUUAAGGCCAGAGUAGUCAAACUGUAAGUAUUGCUGACUUUGAGAAUUUCUCCAGUUUGGCUAUUCUGCCCUUAAGUUAGAAAUUCACAGUUUUGCAACAAUUUGCCCCCUUAGCUGGGUCCCCGCCAGGCUCCAAGGCUCCCUGGUGGUCUAGUGACGCGCUAACAGCUUCCGCAGAGCUGCAGAAGCCGGAAGCUAAGGCCGGCGCCACUCAUUGGCUGAGAACAUCAGGUGACCGUUCUCAGUCAGUGAAUGAAAUUCUAUGGAAUGUAAAUUAAGAUGAGACCGGAACUCUUAUUAAACGCUACAUGACACCCCAAUGAUUCUUUUGGAGGUAGAGCUACACCCCUGGCAGCAAAGGGUUUUCAUAGCAAAACAGUGCACAAACAGACUUCAGGCACCAUAACCACUUCAAAUCACUGAAGUGGUCAUGGUGCUUGGAAUAACCCUUUAAUGUCCAUCCCACAAUGAUACUGAAUAUCAUACCAACGAUUCACAAUUUAGUGUUUAUAUCUGUUGUUUUAUUAGCUCCUCUUAUUUUUGGAUUAUCUUACAUUCUCGUACAUUUCUCUAAUUCGCUAAAAUUUUCAAUAAAAAUGAACGGCAAAAAUUGGAAACACUUAGAUAAGACUUUUGUUAAUUCAAUAAAAAAAAAAAUCUGAAUGCUGAUUAGACGGUGGAAUUAUAUAGCCGCAUCAUCCCCACCUUUUAGGUGGAGUAGGGAAUUAUGCUACGAAAAUAUUUUCUCUGGAUCUUCAAACACUAAUAAUACGAGCAGGCGAAGGCGGUAUGUACUAGAAUUAGAUGCAACUCACACUUCAUCUAAACAAGCCCUUCAUUGUAAAUUGACACAAGAGAUAUAUAAUUACAGCUUAUCCUAUGCAAUCACAAAGCUUUAUGGUAAUUUAAGAUCUUAUGUGUGUUUAUGUGCAAUGUGUUUCUUCUUUGCCCUUAUUAUACAAAGUAGUUUAUUAGUUCAGGCACUGUGAGACAUUCAGGGCUAUUUACUUAAGUGAGAUUUCAAAGGGAAUUUCAAAUUUAAGGCCAGAGUAGCCGAACUCAAAGCAUUGUGGAGAAUUUUUCAAGAUCGGCUAUUUUGGGCUUAAAUUUGAAAUUCACUUUGAAUUAGAAUCACUUUAGUAGAUAACCAUGAGACUAGAAUUGAUAUUGCCAGUUUACUAUUCUAUAAAGGACGACAAAAGGGUUUAUUCACUAAAUUCAUACCGCCCAAAGUUCAGAUUACCCUCCUCCCCCUUUCCACCGCCCAGCAGUUGUGGGAAUAAAUGUAUAAUGAGUGGGCAGCGAUGCAUGGUCACUCACUAAAAGCCUCAUUUUACUAGCGGUGGAAUGAAGGCGUGAAUAUUCUGAGGUGGGGAACCUACCAGUAGUCUGUCCUGUCCCUUUCCCUGGCAUUGAGUGAGAGCACAUUAAAUAGUCCUGGGGAUCAUUAACUGGGCAUGCCAUUAUCUAUUCACCCCCUGCCCCCACCUAUGUCCGUCUGAUGAGUAGAAUGUCAUAAUGGGAGGGUGAACAUGCCAGCUGGAUUCAAAAAUAUCUUAGUGGAAUGUAAAUUAUCAUGAAACGUAAGACAUGCAGGAUAUCCCCCCAUUUCCCCACUUUGUCACAAAAAAAUACCCUCCCCAGUAGUGCCAGGCAGAUGCCACUACUGGCCUGGCACUGCUGGGCAAAAGUGUUUUUUCUCUCCCGAUGCCCCUAUACUCAUGUGGGCAUAGAGGAGACUGCUUUCUUAACCUGGAGGGUUAGCCGUAUGGUAUACCCAUAGCUGUAGUACAGCCACUUACCCAUGUUUUAUCUAUAUCUAGAAAUUAAUUGUAACCAUAUUUGCAAGCGAUUUCUCCCCUAGAUGACUGCGUAUAGGGGUUAUUUGAGGGCAUUAUUGGCCAUUUCAAAUUAAUUCUAGUUUUUGAGGGAAAAUGUCCUUUACUGACUAAUUCUGAUUUGUAUAGACUAGAUCAGGGAUAGGCAACCUUCGGCACCCCAGAUGUUGUGGACUACAUCCCCCAUAAUGCUCUUACACCUAUAAUGCUGGCAAAGAAUCAUGGGAGGUGUAGUCUAAAGCAUCUGCAGUGCCGAAGGUUGCCUAUGCCUGGACUAGAUGGACUUUUCCCAUAAACCUCUGCUGUACAAAUCGUGGUGGAAAAUAUACAGAUCUCCUAUAAAGAGGGAAAGCCAAGAUUGACUAGGGCAUUUCAAAAAUGUAAAGGUUGAAAAAGAAGGUACUACAGAAGGAUCAUGCACCCAGGAUUAGAUGUAAAAUAAGAACAUAAGAUUAAUACAUUUUUAUUCUUUUUCUUUUAUGUUAUCUCUUUAAAACGGGAAUUAAAGACAUAGUUAAAGGCGGUACAUUAUUUCUUACUUUUUAAUUUACCGCUAUUUUAUUUCAGUUUGCAGUUAAGUCCAUACAUGGUAACACCCACGUAUAUGUACUUAUAAACAAAUGUAUACACUCGACUGCCAAACUUCAUGAAAAAACUCCCUUCUGGGAUGUGUGGAAAAAUGCAACAAUAUGUAUACAUUUGCGCAAAACCAGUAGAACGUAUGUAUAACAAUAUUUUAUUGCUUGAGGCGAGGGAAUCAUUCAUCUACAGUUUGUAACAUGAUAUCCAGUGGAAAUCUGUGGGAAUUGGCCAGAUGCAAUAAAGUAAUCCUAAAAAUUUAGACAGGGUUAUUCAAUAAAGUGUCAACUGGCAAGAAACUGAAAGUGAAGUGGAGGUGAUUUUUCAAAUUUUUGACAAAAAUAGACCAAAUUAGACCAAAAUACCCGAACUAAAAUUGAAUUGCGAGUAUAUUUCAAUUCGCUAUCGUUGCGACAGAGGCAAACACAGCGUCGACAGAGAAAGAUGACCCUCUUAUCGGGUUUUGUUACUUCCACUUGUGCAGGCCUCUUUCAUCUGAAUUAAGUUGUUAUAGUGUGAGGCAGUCACUGGAUGCUUGCUUACCCCAGGGUGUUGAAUUUGGAGCCCAAUCGCUCUACACAAGAAUGUCUGCUGCACUCCAAGACUUGAAUCAGGAAGCUUCGGCCUGGGAGCCAUUUUGUGAAUGGGGAGCUACUGGUAGGCCAAGACCAUGAGCUGACUCUCUCAGCCUAUCAGCAGCGCCUCUGUCCAAGGCUUCCUUGUUCAAGCUAAGGACUGUGGCCCAUGUUUGUGGGUAGUGUGGCAAACCUAGCCACUCGGACUAUAACUGGACACUGUGCCUUUAAGGGUUGCCUAUAGGUCUGGAGAGAGAUGCAUUGUACCUGUAUGUGCCUGCUUCAUGUAUUCCCUGCAUUGCCUGUACCUAUCUGUUCCGCCGAAUGCAAAUGGCGGUUUGUAUGGGGAUUCCCGUUCGUUUCGCGAACGGCACUUUGGAGGGCCGUUCGUGAAACGAAUGCGAUACCCCCUAAUAGCCCACACACUUAGAGGCGUGUGGCGCUAGUUAACCGAUUGCAACAUUGUUGCAAUCGGUUAUUAGAGGCUCUCCUGGGUGGCCGUCGUUCGACUACCGACCAUGCGGCGGGCGGCCAUCUUGGAUCCCUGGUUCGUCAGCGGGUCCGUGUCGUCGAACGCAUAGCAUUCCCAACAGUCAUUCGACGGCACGAACACCGUUAAGCCUCCAGGACGUUCGGGAGUUUCAGGACCAGGUUCAUUAAAGACAAUCGGUUCUUUUCAUGUGUUUUUAAAGAAAGGUGUUUUCUGUGCGGCGUUCGGUUAUUUUAGCUGGGAUCUGAGCGGCAAUCUCACGAAUGAUGCGCCCAGACCCCAGCUAUCUACCGAACGUCCAUUCGUGUAAAUCCACCGUAUAUUGUACCAACUGUGGAUUUUUGUGUGAAUUGCCGGUUCUGCUGCACGAGGGGAUAAUCCCCUUAACGGUGCAUUCUGGGAGGAUGAUCCCUCUCGUGCAGCGGUGCCUGAUGGGAGAAAUAUGUAGUACAGUAAGUCCCCCAUGUAGUCCCCUCCUGUACAACCCCUGUAAUGUCUGUUUGGAAACCCCUUGCAUGGGGAAUUGCAUAAAUACUGUGACCUGUGAUUAAAACCUCAGUUGACUCCCAGCCUAUGUGUCGUCUAGUUCUUGGGAAGGAAGGGUUACUACAGUGCUGUUUGGAUUAUUAUAUGCUGAUUCCCUGGAUUAUCCUUUGUUGUUCCUGUUACCCAGCGGAGAUAUCGUGGAUCAUACUGCCUCUCCGCUACAAUUGGUGGCAAGCGACGGGAUUGAAUUUACACAGCAAAGCAACGUUCGGCAGAUUUUUAAACGAAUCAAGGAACCAGCAUUCGGGAAUCAGCGCAUUCGAAUAAACCUCACGAACAGCAGGUGAAUGGGAACAGACUACACCCUGCUAAAACGGAGCACAUUAAAGGAGCUGCUGGAAGCAAGAGGAGCAAUCGCCAGUAACAAGGCAAAGGCUGUCCUAAUAACGGAGCUCAUGGAAGGAGACAGAGCCGCAGCUGCUGCAGCACCUCAAAUGGAGGGACAAAACAACGAAUUUACAGCGGAAUUCCGAGCACGACUGGCGUUAUUUCCUGAACCACCAUCUACAGAAAUGUUUAACCGGCUGUUCGCCGAUGUACAGGAGUACAUUAUGGCUAGGGGACCGCCAGGAAACCAGCAAGCCAGAGAAAGAGCCGCAACGCCAGUCCAUAGUUUCCCAGGGAAAACCAAAAUCCCAUAUCAAGCCUUCAAAAGCUAUGUGGAGACAGAGGGUGGCGUUGACGACUAUUUACAAGAUUUCGAGAGACUGUGUUUGCUGCACGAGAUUAAUGAUGCAGACCGAGUACCCCUACUAGCGGGGAGAUUAUCUGGGCGAGCCGCCGAAGCGUACCGGGCAGUACCAGACGAGGAUAGUAGAGACUACGCUAAAGUAAAACGGGCCAUCCUAGCCCGGUAUGCCAUCACCUCAGAGGCAUACCGAAAGAAAUUUCGGGACAUUAAAAAACCCAGUAAGGACACCCAUGUGGAGUGGGCGCACCAGCUACAACGAGCUGCCAAAGGGUGGCUGGAGGCCGCCCAAGUUGAUACAUUGGAGGGUCUGUUCCAGCUAAUGGUACUGGAACAAUUCUUCAAUGGCGUCCCGACCUACCUACAAAACUGGAUCCGGGACAGGAAGCCACACACCCUGCAGGAAGCGGCUAAUAUGGCAGACGAUUUCCAGGACAAUCGGAGAGAUCAACCUAUACCAACCCGAGCCACCAUUCCCCCUACAACGGCCAGCCCUCCAGGGGGCCCCGCAACGUACCAGCGACCAGGGGUAAAUCAGAAUUCCUACCCCCCCAGAUAUUCAGCACGUCCACCAAUCCGGUGCCAUACCUGCAACCAACAGGGGCACAUCCAGAGAGACUGCCCACGGAACGGGCCUCGACCCAGCUGGAAUAACGCCGCCCCGAGCAACCGUGCCGCAGUCCACUGUCUACAGGCCGAAUCCGACCAAAACCUGGAGUUGGGGACGACCCGGGAGGAACCUCUCGGUACGCUACACGAGGUGAACCCUGUCCAGGCCGCCUCCGAUAACCGCCAAGGGCACCGCCAGGAAGUACACAUGGAAGGGAGGAAAGUACAAGGACUUCGUGACUCGGGAGCCACCCUAACUCUAGUACGCAGUCAUCUGGUACCAAAGCCCAAGCUCACGGGGGACUGUGUGGCUGUGCGGGUGGCUGGGGGAGCCAUUUACAAAGUACCCACGGCCAAGGUGCACUUGAAUUGGGGAGCGGGGCACGGGAAUGUAUAUGUGGGGAUGAUGCAAGACUUGCCAGCGGAUGUGAUUUUGGGCAACGAUUUGGGGGAGCUGACUUCGGCUUUUGUUCCCCAGCCCACCGUACAAGAAGCAUACCCGGUUGUGACCCGGCAACAGGCCCGCACCACUGCACCAUUCGAACACUCUGAGGCUCAGGUAAGCAAUGACCCUCCCCUACCUCCUACCCUGCCCUGGGCCAAUUCCCUAGAGUUCGGGGCCGAAGUAGCCCUAGAUCCUUCGUUACAGGUGUACAAAGACCGCAUGGAUAAAAAUCAAGCUGGGUUAGAGGGGGAAAGAUAUAUCUGGGACAAGGGGCUACUAUAUCGGCACGCAGAGAAGGUAGUGUCCGGGUCAAUACCAUUGCCCAUUAAACAGCUAAUAGUGCCUCGAAAAUAUAGGUUAGAGCUGUUACGCAUAGCCCAUGAUAUCCCCCUGUCUGGACACCUAGGCAUCAGUCGGACCAAGCACAGGCUGACCCAAAAUUUCUUUUGGCCAGGUAUUUCCCAGGAUAUUAAGCGGUAUUGUCAGACCUGCGAUACCUGCCAAAGGGUAGGCAAGAGGGGGGACAGAUACAAAGCCCGACUACGGUCUCUGCCCAUCAUUGAAGAACCAUUCAGUAGGGUGGCAGUAGACAUUAUAGGUCCCCUCGCAAAGCCCAGCCCCUCCGGCAAGAAGUAUGUCCUAACUGUGGUGGACUACGCCACCCGGUACCCCGAGGCAGUGGCCCUAACGAACGUACACGCAGAAACGGUAGCCGAGGCCCUGAUGAGGAUAUUCACCCGGGUAGGAUUUCCCCGGGAGAUUAUCUCCGAUAGAGGCACCCAGUUUACUGCGGAAGUGACCCAUCAGCUCUGGAAAAUAUGUGGGAUACAACAAAUCCUCAACUCCCCAUAUCACCCCCAGUCCAAUGGGCUCUGUGAACGAUUUAACGGAACCCUGAAACAAAUGAUCCGCACGCUCAUGGACACCCAAAAGGACUGGGAGCGGUUCUUACCCCACCUACUGUUCGCGUAUCGAGAAGUGCCACAAGAAUCCACCGGAUUCUCUCCGUUCGAAUUAUUAUUCGGGAGGAGAGUGAGGGGACCUCUUGACUUGAUACGGGAACACUGGGAGGGAGACGAAACCGUUAAUGGCACCCCUAUCUUACCAUAUGUGCUCGAGUUCCGGGAACGCCUGGAGAGGCUAACCCAGACCGUCCGAGACAAUCUCCAGGUAGCGCAACAACGACAGCGCCGAUGGUAUGAUAAGGGAGCCAGGGACCGCAGCUUUCAGGUGGGGCAGAAAGUCUUAAUCCUGCGACCCGUCCACAAAGAUAAGCUGCAGGCUUCCUGGCAGGGCCCAUACAAGGUGGUGGAACAGAUCUGUGACACCACCUAUGUGAUCGGCCCGGUUACCGGCGUGGGAGGCAAACGCAUGCUCCAUGUGAACAUGCUCAAGCCAUACCACGAACGGACGGAGGAAGUCACCGCAAUCUGUGCCCCUGCCACGGAAGAUUUUGAUAACCUACCCCUACCCGAUCUCCUAGACCAAGAGGGCCAGAGCGGAGAUCUGGGAGAGGUACAGUUAGGAGAAAGAUUAAAUACCCAAGAACGGGCCCAGGUACAAAGGUUGCUUCAGGAAAAGAAGGCCACGUUUUCCAAUUUACCCGGCUAUACCCCGUUGGCUACCCAUAAGGUAGAAACGUUAGAUUCGACCCCCUUGCGCCAACCCCCCUACCGCACUCCAGAAGCAGUCAAGGAGAAUAUGCGCAAGGAAAUUGAGGAGAUGAUUCAGCUAGGAGUAAUAGAGCACUCGGACAGCCCCUGGGCCUCCCCGGUAGUACUGGUGCCGAAACGGGACGGGACGACCCGUUUCUGCGUAGACUACCGACGGCUCAACAAUAAAACGACCUCUGACGCAUAUCCCAUGCCCCGAAUAGACGAACUCCUCGAUAAGAUGGCCAGGGGUCAAUACCUAACCACUAUAGACUUGUGCAAAGGGUACUGGCAGAUUCCCUUAGCGGACGACGCCAUCCCUAAGUCGGCUUUUGUCACCCCGUUUGGCCUGUAUCAGUUUAAGGUCAUGCCAUUCGGGAUGAAAAACGCUCCAGCUACCUUCCAGAGAAUGGUGGACAGACUGUUAGAUGGGUUCCAGGAGUAUGCCUGCGCGUAUCUAGAUGAUAUCGCCAUAUUCAGCCACUCCUGGCACGAACAUCUGGUUCACAUAGGAGCCAUCCUAGACCGAAUCCGAGAGGCCGGACUGACCCUAAAACCCAGCAAAUGCCAUAUCGGUAUGGCGGAAGUCCAGUAUCUGGGACACCGGGUAGGGAGUGGGCAACAGAAACCCGAACCUGCUAAAAUAGAGGCAGUCGCCCAAUGGCCUACCCCUCGCACCAAGACCCAAGUGCUCGCCUUUUUAGGGACCGCCGGGUACUACCGGAAGUUUGUGGCCAACUAUAGCGCCCUCGCCAAACCCCUCACAGACCUGACCCGCAAGAACCUCCCUAAAUUAGUAGUCUGGGCCCCAGAGUGUGAGCAGGCGUUCCAACAGCUCAAGACGGCGCUGGUUAAUUCUCCUGUACUUUCUGCUCCUGAUCCAACUAAACGCUUUCUCGUCCACACAGACGCUUCUAUGUUUGGAUUGGGAGCAGUACUGAGCCAAGUUGGACCCGAUGGCGGCGAGCACCCCGUAGCUUACCUAAGCCGAAAACUUUUACCCAGGGAAGUAAGCUACGCCGCCAUUGAAAAAGAGUGCCUGGCUGUGGUGUGGGCCCUCAAGAAGUUGCAACCCUACUUAUACGGGCAACCCUUCACUUUACUCACGGAUCACAACCCGUUGGUGUGGCUGAACAGGGUGUCCGGAGACAAUGCCAGGCUGCUGCGCUGGAGUUUGGCGCUGCAGCCUUUUGACUUUACUAUCCACUACCGCCCUGGGAAGCAGAAUGGCAACGCCGACGGGUUGUCUAGACAAACAGACUUGGAGCCGUGAUUCGUGAGUACUCCUCCGGACAUCCCCAAGCCGAUCCGUUGGGAUCAGACUGUGUAUGCCGGCUUGGUUCUGGGGGAGCAUUGUGGCAAACCUAGCCACUCGGACUAUAACUGGACACUAUGCCUUUAAGGGUUGCCUAUAGGUCUGGAGAGAGAUGCAUUGUACCUGUAUGUGCCUGUUUCAUGUAUUCCCUGCAUUGCCUGUACCUAUCUGUUCCGCCGAAUGCAAAUGGCGGUUUGUAUGGGGAUUCCCGUUCGUUUCGCGAACGGCACUUUGGAGGGCCGUUCGUGAAACGAAUGCGAUACCCCCUAAUAGCCCACACACUUAGAGGCGUGUGGCGCUAGUUAACCGAUUGCAACAUUGUUGCAAUCGGUUAUUAGAGGCUCUCCUGGGUGGCCGUCGUUCGACUACCGACCAUGCGGCGGGCGGCCAUCUUGGAUCCCUGGUUCGUCAGCGGGUCCGUGUCGUCGAACGCAUAGCAUUCCCAACAGUCAUUCGACGGCACGAACACCGUUAAGCCUCCAGGACGUUCGGGAGUUUCAGGACCAGGUUCAUUAAAGACAAUCGGUUCUUUUCAUGUGUUUUUAAAGAAAGGUGUUUUCUGUGCGGCGUUCGGUUAUUUUAGCUGGGAUCUGAGCGGCAAUCUCACGAAUGAUGCGCCCAGACCCCAGCUAUCUACCGAACGUCCAUUCGUGUAAAUCCACCGUAUAUUGUACCAACUGUGGAUUUUUGUGUGAAUUGCCGGUUCUGCUGCACGAGGGGAUAAUCCCCUUAACGGUGCAUUCUGGGAGGAUGAUCCCUCUCGUGCAGCGGUGCCUGAUGGGAGAAAUAUGUAGUACAGUAAGUCCCCCAUGUAGUCCCCUCCUGUACAACCCCUGUAAUGUCUGUUUGGAAACCCCUUGCAUGGGGAAUUGCAUAAAUACUGUGACCUGUGAUUAAAACCUCAGUUGACUCCCAGCCUAUGUGUCGUCUAGUUCUUGGGAAGGACGGGUUACUACAGUGCUGUUUGGAUUAUUAUAUGCUGAUUCCCUGGAUUAUCCUUUGUUGUUCCUGUUACCCAGCGGAGAUAUCGUGGAUCAUACUGCCUCUCCGCUACAGGUAGUGUGCUUGGGCGCUAGAUUCAUCACUUUGAGAUUAAACUGUUCGUUAAUGGUUUACUCUCUGGGGUAAGCUGAGGUAAGUCUCCUGUACAGGUAGAUGUCAUGUGACUGUAGAGACAUAAGGUACCAGCUAUGAUGACUUUAUUUUUAUUGUGAAUGGCAUGUGUGGCAUACAGUCGAUGAUCUGAAUAUUUGAGAACCUUAGAAAUUGAGACCUAGACUUGUGCAAACAGCUUGAAGCGAUUUGUCCGAAUCAAAAGUCUGGUAAUUGCUGAAUGAAUAAAUUCUGAGUCAUUUACCUGUGAAUUUAUCUGUGGAGUCUGCAGAUCAGAUUGAUUCGGAAUCGUUUAAUAGGAAUUUGAUUGGGAUUAAUCACUUUAAACUAAGUUUUACUCAAGUUUACUAAGAACUCACUAACCUCGAAAACCUGCUCAUUUAAUCCAGACCUUGCUUCUGUCUCAUUUAGUUUGAAUUCUGAUAAUGUGACCAUUUACCCUGGGAAUUCAUAAAAUGUGUUUAAAUCAUAGAGGGGACUGUAUGGCACAAUAAUGUAUAAAACAAUAAGUGUGUGCUUAUUGCUGUCGCCCAGCUAGAAUGGAGGAGACAGGCAGAGAGGCAGUGCUGCAUGGAGAGGGAGAGACACGUAAUGGUUUAUUCACUAAACUGGAGAGAUUGUAAUGUAAAUGUGAAUUGUACCUUGUUUCUGUCUAAAUCUGGUUCUUCAUAUUAAUCCCAUCUGCAAGAUUUACUUGCUUACAUAAAAUAACUCAUUAUUGCACGUACCUACUCUUACUGUAUGCUGCAGCCACCCAUGAUGGAUGGAGGGAGAAAUGGAUGGAUGGAUGGAUUGAGGAAUAAAAUGGAUGGAGGGAUGGACGGAUGGAUUGAGGAAUAAAAUGGAUGGAGGGAUGGAGGGAUGGAUGGAGGUAGAAAUGGAUGGAGAGAGAAAUGGAUGGAGGGAGAAAUGGAUGGAGAGAGCAACAGAUGGAUGGAGGGAGGGAUGGAUGGAUGGAGAGAUGGAUGGAGGGAGAAAUGUAUGGAGGUAGGGUGGGAGGGAUGGGUGGAUGGAGGGAAAGAGGGAGAAAUGAAUGGAGGGAGGGAUGGAUGGAGGGAGAAAUGAAUGGAGGGAUGGAUGGAGGGAGAAAUGAAUGGAGGGAGGGAUGGAUGUAUGGAGAAAUGAAUGGAGGGAUGGAUGGAGGGAGAAAUGAAUGGAGGGAGGGAUGGAUGGAGGGAGAAAUGAAUGGAGGGAGGGAUGGAUGGAUGGAGGGGAAAUGGAUGGAGGGGAAAAUGGAGGGAUGGAUGGAGGGAUGGAGAGAUUGAUGGAGGGACAAAUAGAUAAAUACAGCAUAGACAUAAAAGAUGGAUGGAAGAUAAUGUUUAUAUAGAUAUAACAUUGUAUUGAUAUAGUGCAGGGAUAAUAUGUGUGGAUAGAUUGAUAGAUACAGUAAUAAUGUAUAUAGCUAUAGAUGUAUCUGAUGUUGUGAUAAAGUAUAUAUAGGGAUGCAUUAUUGAUCAGUAUCUAUGAUAUUGAAUGAUGUAUUGAUCAGUAUGUGUGAUAUUGUAUAUAUUUAUAGAUCUAUCAUGUAUUGAUCAGUUGCUAUUGAUACUAUAUGUAUCUGAAGAUCUAUAUAUUGAUCAGUUUAUGUGAUAUUGUCUAUAUAUGUAUGUAUCGACCAGUAUGUGUAAUUAUAUAGUAUUGAUCAGUUGCUAUUGAUGCUGUUUAGAUGUAUAUAUCGAUCAGUAUGUGGGAUAGUGUCUAUAGAUUGCUAUAUUAUCGAUCAGUAUGUGUGAUAUUGUCUAUAUUAUCGAUCAGUAUGUGUGAUAUUAUCUAUAUUAUCGAUCAGUAUGUGUGAUAUUGUCUGUUAUCGAUCAGUAUGUGGGAUAUUGUAUAUAUUAUUCAUCAGUAUGUGUGAUAUUAUUUAUCUUAUCGAUCAGUAAGUGUGAUAUUGUCUAUAUUAUCGAUCAGUAUGUGUGAUAUUGUAUAUAUUAUUCAUCAGUAUGUGUGAUAUUGUCUAUAUUAUCGAUCAGUAAGUGUGAUAUUAUUUAUCUUAUCGAUCAGUAUGUGUGAUAUUGCAUAUAUUAUCUAUCAGUAUGUGGGAUAUUGUCUAUAUUAUCGAUCAGUACGUGUGAUAUUGUCUAUAUUAUCGAUCAGUAUGUGGGAUAUUAUCUAUAUUAUCGAUCAGUAUGUGUGAUAUUGUCUGUAUUAUCGAUCAGUAUGUGGGAUAUUAUCUAUAUUAUCGAUCAGUACGUGUGAUAUUAUCGAUCAGUAUGUGUGAUAUUGUCUAUAUUAUCGAUCAGUACGUGUGAUAUUGUAUAUAUUAUCGAUCAGUAUAUGUGAUAUUGUAUAUAUUAUCGAUCAGUAUGUGUGAUAUUGUCUAUAUUAUCGAUCAGUACGUGUGAUAUCAUUGAUCAGUAUGUGGGAUAUUAUCUAUAUUAUCGAUCAGUACGUGUGAUAUUAUCGAUCAGAAUGUGUGAUAUUGUAUAUAUUAUCGAUCAGUAUGUGUGAUAUUAUCGAUCAGUAUGUGGGAUAUUGUAUAUAUUAUCGAUCAGUAUGUGGGAUAUUGUCUAUAUUAUCGAUCAGUAUGUGUGAUAUUAUCGAUCAGUAAGUGUGAUAUUGUCUAUAUUAUCGAUCAGUACGUGUGAUAUCAUUGAUCAGUAUGUGUGAUAUUGCAUAUAUUAUCGAUCAGUAUGUGGGAUAUUGUCUAUAUUAUCGAUCAGUACGUGUGAUAUUGUCUAUAUUAUCGAUCAGUACGUGUGAUAUUGUAUAUAUUAUCGAUCAGUAUGUGUGAUAUUGUCUAUAUUAUCGAUCAGUACAUGUGAUAUUGUCUAUAUUAUCGAUCAGUACGUGUGAUAUCAUUGAUCAGUAUGUGGGAUAUUAUCUAUAUUAUCGAUCAGUACGUGUGAUAUUAUCGAUCAGUAUGUGUGAUAUUGUAUAUAUUUUCGAUCAGUAUGUGUGAUAUUAUCGAUCAGUAUGUGGGAUAUUGUAUAUAUUAUCGAUCAGUAUGUGGGAUAUUGUCUAUAUUAUCGAUCAGUAUGUGUGAUAUUAUCGAUCAGUAAGUGUGAUAUUGUCUAUAUUAUCGAUCAGUACGUGUGAUAUCAUUGAUCAGUAUGUGUGAUAUUGCAUAUAUUAUCGAUCAGUACGUGUGAUAUUGUCUAUAUUAUCGAUCAGUACGUGUGAUAUUGUCUGUAUUAUCGAUCAGUACGUGUGAUAUUGUCUAUAUUAUCGAUCAGUAAAUGUAACCCCGGUGUCUGACUCUCUUGCUCUGUGUGUUUAAGGCCGGCCUCCUCCUCCUCUCUCCAGACCCGCCUCUCCUCCUCCCAGCCAUAA